AUGUCAGACAGUCCAUCCAUCAAAGCUAGCGUCACUUUAAGAAACGGGGUGGAGUCUCCUAAUGUCAGUUUCAAGUCCUCCAGCUUCUGUGGCUUGUCAUCCACAUCUUCGUUUCAAGAUAGCGGCUACAGUGACUCUCUGAAGGCUUCCAGCUUUGACUAUAGUGAUGGGGAAAACAAAGGAAAAAAUAUAAAAGGCUUAUCAUCCACACAGGAAUACUCUGAAAAUUCUAGUCUGGGUUUCACUUGUUCUGUGAACUCUCCCACUGAAAAUAAGAAUUCUAGUUCUCUUUUUAGGAAAGAGGCGAAUGAAAUCACAGAGCUCUGUGAAACUCCAAAAGUAACUAGGAAGAAAACAUUUUUCCGUAGAAGGUUGAAUAUAACAAAUAUUAUUUCAAGAGAGGACACGGAACACUUUGAUAAGCAAAACUGUUCCUUAGGAAGCUGUGCAGAAACACCGCCUGUGAGCCAACUCCUCAGUUCUGAGGAAAGAGUUUCAAAAAGGGCUUUGGGGUCCCCAAGACAAACCAUUUUCAUUCCUGUAGCCACUAGUACUUUGAAAGCAGAUGAAGCCGCUUCCAAUGGUCAAAAAUUGAGACUUUCUUUUUCUCAGCAUAAAACAUCCACAAUUGAUGAUUCCAAAAGUGAUCAUAGCCUAUUUGAAGUUGAGUGUAUCUCUCCAAUUCAGGGAAAUAGCUGUACCGAUGCUCUCACCAAUGACUUUGGGGAUAGCAUUUUAAGUAUUAAUGGAGAGACUACAGGCCCUGAGCUGCUGGGAUCAUCUUCUUGUGAAGCGCUCUGUGAGACAAACGAGGACGUAUUUGUAACCCCAAUCAGUAACCUGGUAGCAAACAUUAAGUUUUGUGGUUGUAGCCCAGCUGAGGGGAUAGAUAAUAUUUCCACGCCUGAAGACAGUGGUUUUAAUUCACUGGGUCUGGAUAAGUCACAAGAUUCCUUUUCUGAUCAUGAGGGUUCUUUUCAAGAACUAUUUCAGAAAUCCCUGGGGACUGAGAGGACAUUGGGCACAAAGAGAAAGCCAAAAAAUGUAGGGAGAGUGAGAAGACUGUCCACACUUCGGGAGCGUAGUUCACAGUCUGAAACUGAAGAAGAUAAGCCUUUCGUGAAUUCUGGCUUUAAAGCAAAAAUAGCAGCAGCUUCUGGCAUUUCUCCAAGUGAACAGAUUGAUAAUAAUAGUGGAGAUUCGAUUUUAGGUCUUAAGGAUUUAUCAAAGACACCUGCUUUACAACUGGUCCAUGAGAUUAUCAUGAAAAGCAAAAGGAAAAGAUUUCAGCAAACUGGUGUACGAAGUCGUCUAAAGGAUGUUGAGGGGGGAGAAGUAUCCUUAUUGGAAUAUGUGAUUGCAGGGCUUAUUGGCAAGAAGAUGGGCCUGGAAAAACUGGACAUCUUAACUGAAUUAAAAUUUAGAAACUUAAAACAUAUUCUUACUAUGGUAUUAGAUGCUUUGACAGUGGAAAAUCUAUGCAGUGUUUGGAGAGUAAGCAAAAAUUGGCGUGAAAUUGUUGUGCAAGAUAAAAAAGCAAAUCAAAGGAGGAAAGAUUAUAUACAACAACUGAAGGCAGAUUCCAGGGGGAAUAUAUUAAGUGUCGAGGAUGCUGCAACAAGGCUCAAUCUUUUAAACCGAUCAGCUCUGAGAUCUGUGCAAGCUCAAGCUAGGACACCUGGUUCUCAAAAAGAAGAGGUUUCAACACCAUCUCCUUGGGGGCAAGUUUUAACGCCCAAAGAAUGCUGCUCUGUUACUCAGUUACCUAGCAAACAGGAAGAGUAUGUUAAGGUUGCCAAAACACUUUUUAUUGAUGAAGCAUUAAAACCUUGUCCAAGGUGCCAGUCCCCUGCUAAGUAUCAGCCAAUUAAGAAACGGGGACUGUGCAGUCGGGAAGCCUGUGGUUUUGACUUUUGUGUGUUAUGUCUGUGUACAUACCAUGGGGCAGAAGAAUGUAGUAGUAGAUCUGCAAAGCCACGAAAUAAAAGAGAUGCUCUUCCAGGAAGUGCUCAGAGCAAGCGCAACUUAAAAAGACUUUAA